CAGUCUGAUUCAGACACUGUAUAAAUGAAAGGACAGUAAGGAGAGCAGAACAAACUCCUAACAGAAGGAGCUUUAAUCAUGGCCAAUGAGACAGAGGGUCAUGAGACUCAAUACUGCUUUCCUGCCAUCAACUCAUCAUGCAUAAAAGGAAAACACUCCAGUCAUGAAUAUUAUGUCAUAUAUGUUUUUGCAUCAUUGCAGUCAGCAUGGACUGUUUUUCUGAACCUGCUGGUGAUCAUCUCUAUCUCUCACUUUAAGAAACUUCACACUCAAACAAACCUGAUCAUUCUCUCUCUGGCUGUGGCUGACCUUCUUCUUGGACUUUUGAUUCCCAUAGAGGCCACUAGGCUGAUUGAGAUGUGUUGGUACUUUGGAGACACUUUCUGUGGACUCUAUUCAAUAUUUAUUGCGAUGCUAUUCUCAGCAUCUCUUAGUAAUUUAGUUUUAAUUGCUGUCGAUCGUUAUGUGGCUGUAUGUGACCCAUUACUGUAUCCACAGAAAUUAACCAUGACUAAAACAUUAAUAAGCAUCUGCCUGAGCUGGAUUUGCUCUUCAACUUAUAACACUGCCUUUGCAAUUAAUAAUGGAUAUUUUGACAUUUCACUGAGAAAAAACAAGUGUUAUGGAGAUUGUUCUGUUAUGAUGGGUUUUGCUUGGAAAAUCACUGAUCUUAUCAUGUCUUUUCUUUUUCCUUGUAUGCUGAUCAUAUCUUUUUAUUUGAGGAUUUUCUAUGUUGUACAUCAGCAAGUGAAAGUUAUAAACACCCUGAUGAAGGGUGGCAAAAAUAUAAAUGAAGGUUCACUGAGGAGGAAAUCUGAGAGCAAAGCUGCUCUGACAUUAGGAAUCAUUGUAACGGUUUAUCUGCUUUGCUAUAUUCCCUACUAUAUCUGUUCUAUUACAGUAAUCUCUUCCACAACCAUAAAUGUUUUGACAUGGGUCAUGUAUAAUAAUUCAGGUAUGAAUCCUAUGAUCUAUGCUUUGUUUUACCCAUGGUUUAAAAAGUCAGUAAAACACAUCUUAACUCUGAAAAUAUUUCAGCCAGCAUCCUCUCUGGUCAACAUUUUAACAGAACAUCAAUUGUAA